GGUGCAAGGGGCGGAGCCUAGAAGAGAGACAGGUUUCCGGGAUUACGUAAGGAGACGUGAGCGAAGGCGGGGCGCUCCGCGCUAGGGGGCGGGUGAGAAGGCGGAGCUCUGGCCGGAAUUGGGCGGGGCCCUGAGCGAGGCGGAGCCUACGGGACAGCACGAGGUGCGCACCCGGUAGCAGAUUCUGGAGAUGGUCGGCUGGACGCGCGCUUGGAUGCUUACCUAUAGGGGGCUCGGCCCCUCCAGUUCCAGCUUCUCCAGACUGCCUAUCGCAUCCAGCAGCAGUCAAGGCGGCACCGAGCCGAGACCGGUGCCGCUUUCCUACAAGCUUCUGGACGGCGAGGCAGCUAGCCCGCCCCUUGUCUUUCUGCAUGGGCUCUUCGGCAGCAAAACCAACUUCAACUCCAUCGCCAAGGCCCUGGCUCAGCAGACAGGCCGGAGGGUGCUGACAGUGGAUGCUCGGAACCAUGGUGAGAGCCCCCACAGCCCAGACAUGAGCUACGAGGCCAUGAGCCAGGAUCUGCAAGACCUCCUGCCCCAGCUGGGCCUGGUGCCCUGCGUCCUCAUUGGCCACAGCAUGGGAGGCAGGACCGCCAUGCUGCUGGCACUUCAGAGGCCAGAGCUGGUGGAGCGCCUGAUUGCCGUGGACAUCAGCCCAGUGGAGACCACGUCCAGCUCGAACUUUCCAAACUACGUCACAGCCAUGAGGGCCGUGGACAUGGCAAAUGAGGCGUCCCUUUCCGGCGCCCGAAAACUGGCCGAUGAGAGGCUCCGCUCUGUUAUCCAGAGCACGAGCAUACGGCAGUUCCUGCUCACCAACCUGGUGGAGGUGGAUGGGCGCUUCAUGUGGAGGCUGAACUUGGAUGCCUUGGAUAAGCACUGGGACAAGAUCUUGGACUUCCCCGCACGACAGGAAACCUACUCUGGGCCAACCCUCUUCCUCCGGGGUGGAAACUCUCAAUUCCUGCUUCCCAGCCACUACCCUGAGAUUAGGCGGCUGUUCCCUCGGGCCCAGAUGCAGACCGUGCCGAACGCUAGCCACUGGGUCCACAGCGACCGCCCACAGGACUUCAUGGCUGCAGUCCGAGGCUUCCUGGCCUAAGGGUUGCUGGCCAGAGGGGACGUGAAACCCCAGGCGUCAAGGCUCUGCGUCCUGCUCCUUGUUUCUGUACAGAAGCAUUCAGGUGGGCACUCCGAGGGCACAAGGAUGCAGAAGGGGUCAGACCUCAAACUUUAAUGAAUAAAGACACUCCUUCCAA